AUGAGCAUUAUUCCCUGGCCAGUUUUCAACGACUCGUCCUUUUACACAACUAUCAAAAAUUUGAAAAUCAAAUUAGAUGGACAAAAUUCUCAAUAUAAAAAUGCAAAAAUAUUUGUAGAGAAGAUAAAGGUUUUAAUGACGAAGCUAAAAGUUUGCGAUUGGGGAAGUGUUCAAGGAACUGUGAUUAGCAUACGUACGCUGGAAUUGAAAAAGUUUAUGAAAAAUGCAAUAUCUCUUGGCCUUGAGCAAAAAGAAGACGACACAUUUUUGUCGUCAGAAAACAUAACACAACCUGUUUAUAUCAUAAGGCAUUUAAUGAAUCGAGACGAAGGGACACCAAUACCGGAUCCUGAGCUAUCUUUAUCAGACAUUUUUGACGACGUUGACGCGUCAAUUAAAUUAAUGCCUGAUACUGAUUUAAGAGAUUUCUUUGAAGUAAACGUUCAAGCUCGUGAUCAAUCAUCCGAUUCUCAAUGGUUUGAUCGUUUAGAGACAUUUUAUAAGUUUAUCAUCGACCGACGUGUUAAUCGUUUACAACAGUGGUUUUUCCAGAAUACUUCUCGAUUUCCAAAUGAUCACAACGAAAUUUGCAUAAAAUUUGCUGGACAUGAAGGAUAUCACGCUUGUUCCGCAAGUCAUUCAUGCGGAGCGCCUUGUACCUAUAAUGGAAAGAGAAAUUGUCAACUAAGAUGCACAAAAGAGAUUGGUCAUGAAACUAUGCCAGGAAAUGAAGUUCAUUUGUGUGAAGCAACGCGUCAUUAUUGCAGUGCUCCUUGCUCAUUAAAGGCUGAUACUCAAAAAGGACAUUAUGAAUGUCGUAAUUACUGCAUCAUUCCUUGUGAAGAAAUCCAUGUAUUGCACAAAUGUGGGAAUGAUGUUUGCCCAGUCGAGUGUGCAAUAGCUGCAUGUCGUCAAAGAUGCGAAAGCAGGGCGCAUUUCCAUGCAUUUGAAAAAAAUGUGGAGCAUUUUUGCGGUGGAGAACAUCAGUGUCCUAACGAAUGCGAAGAAUCGGGGAUUUGUAAAAUUGUUACUGAGCCAACCGCAAUAAUAAAGGAAGAAGCAGAAUACGUGAAUAAAUUUGGAAGCUUUAUGUUUACUAAAUAUUUCCAAACUUUCCAAAGACUUCCUUGUUGCAUCAAAAUACCUCCAUAUCAAUUCAAGCACGAAGGGAAACAUGUACACGAGAGAACGCACGAAUGUGAUGCAACAUGUCCAAAUGAUUCGGGUGAACACAUAGAGAAUAAGAAAUCAAAUUUUCAUUUCUGCGAUUGUACGCUACCUUAUAAUCACGGAAGAGAACAUAAUAGUGAACACGAUACUGUUCAUGGAAAUAUGCACUUGACAACAUUCACGUGUGAACAAGAAGAAUUUGAAUUUGAAGGGCAUCAAUUGACUGUCGGUGAUAGAGGUGAUUUUGUGCUUUGCCAUAAGCUUUGUCAAAAUAUAGGUCGCCAUCGCCAUAUAGACUAUUGCAAAGAACCAGAUGUUUGCGAAAGUCUCACUGGUGGUAAAAAAGAAGGGAUUUUAGAACACAUAAAGGCAAACAUAAAUCCUGACCCAAAUCGCAAGAAAGACUAUAUUUCUCACCGCGUUUUCUGGGAGAGAACUAAAUUUCGAGAUCCUUAUUCGAGAGAAGAUCGCGAAAAUUUCAAAAAAUGUGAUCAUGAAUGCAUCGAUGAAAAACAUCACAAGGCUAUCGAUGAAAAAGAACCAAUAAAGUCAUUCUGUACUCAGGGAUUGUUUCAUCCUGGAUUAAAUCCAAAUUCACAUCCUCCACAAAGUAUUGGAUAUAUUUCAACAGAUGGUCAUCAUUUUACUUGCGAAAACCCAAUUGGCAAUUUCCACAUUGUGUUCGUCGUGGAUAGAAGCAGCUCUAUGUCUUCUAGAGAUCGUAAACCUCUUAAUCAAAGAACAAUAACAUCUUGUUUACUCAAUGCUCAUAACAAUCGAUUAGGUGCUGUUUACGAAGCCGUAUACAACUUUAUUAAAACACGUAAUCACUCUGGAAAAGCAACCUUCGUUGGACGUGCAGCUGUAGAUCGUGAUAUAACUUCUCUGAUUUUGUUUAAUAAUGCGGCAACGGUAGUUUUUGAAAAUCAAAACUUAUCCGAUACAGAAGAGCUUUUGAACAUGAUGAUGAAAUUUACUCCAGCCGGAGGUACUUUUUUUCGUGAAGGAAUUAAAAAAGCAGCUGAAAUCAUUGAAAAGUAUUAUGAUCCAAAAAAAACCAACGUAAUUAUGUUUUUGUCUGAUGGUGAAUGUGAUACACCGGAACUUACGCUACGAAAUCUUUGCCAAAGAGAGGUUAACAAAGGGACUCCAUUGUAUUUAUAUACAGUUUUGUUCAAUAAUCACGCUAAAUUCGGCGAGUCACUUAAAAAAAUGGCCGAUAUUGCAACAGAAUAUCUUCCUCAACCUACUAGCAAAGAUCUCUUAAAAUGUCAAUAUACACUUGCGGUAAAUGAAAUCGAACUUAACGAACAUUUUACUCGAAUAGCCGAAAGUUUGCGUAAACACCAACCGAUGCUCAUGUGA